GUGGGAGCCCCGGCCCCGCGCGGCUCCCUCCAGGCGCCCCGCGCCCUCCUUCCUUCCUUCGCCCGGACGGACGCACUUCCGGCGGAUGUUGGGGGGGCCAGCCCGGAAACGGAAGUGAGCGGCGGGGCCGGUUGACCGUCAAGGGGAGAACGUCUGUACGCCGAGCGAGUCGAAGAUGAAUGCCAGAGGACUUGGAUCUCAGCUAAAGGACAGUAUUCCAGUUACUGAGCUGUCGGCAAGUGGACCUUUUGAAAGUCAAGAUCUUCUUCGAAAAGGUUUCUCUUGUGUGAAAAAUGAACUUCUACCCAGUCAUCCUCUUGAAUUAUCAGAAAAAAAUUUCCAGCUCAACCAAGAUAAGAUGAACUUCUCCACAUUGAGAAACAUCCAGGGUCUUUUUGCACCACUAAAACUGCAGAUGGAAUUCAAGGCAGUGCAGCAGGUUCAGCGUCUUCCGUUUCUUCCAAGCUCAAACCUUUCACUGGAUAUUUUGAGGGGUAAUGAUGAGACUAUUGGAUUUGAAGAUAUUCUUAAUGACCCAUCACAAAGUGAACUAAUGGGAGAACCGCAUUUGAUGGUUGAAUAUAAACUUGGCUUACUGUAAUGCCGUGUGCUGUUCAUGGAAGUGGAGGGGCUGCGUCUUGUUUAUAGUUGUCUUUUUCCUAUAAUUUGAUGUGCACAACAUUAAAAGUACUGAUACAUGAGAAGUGUUGCCUAAACAUCUCAUCAUUUGAAAUUAUUUGGGUCAUUGCUUUAUGUGAUAAUUAAAAGCACUCAAGGGAGUUGGUUUUAAAACUUCUUAUUUAUAUGAAAACAGCUUUCUAGGUCUUUAAAGAAAUGUUACUAAUUAGUAUUAUAAAACUAUGCACAGGUUCCAAAUCAGCCUAUUUUCUAGUUAUUCCAUAAAUUUAAUUUUGAGUAGUUUUGAGCCUGCAACCUUUAUAAUUGCAUCUUUUAGAAUAAACAUCUAUAAUUGAUUUCAGGGGCAACAUUUCAAAGUAAGGACAGAACAAGACUAUUAGAUUUUACCUUGUUUCAAUAUAGUCCAUUAAUACUCAAAAGAAUAAUGCUUGGUUUGUUGAUGCUACAUUAGAAUUAUAGGUAUAUUCUUUGAUUCUUUCAGGUUUUUUAUUUUGGUCUUAUCUUUAAACUGAAAACUUAAACACCCAGGAGAUAUCAGUUUUAAACUAUAGUAUUGCAUAGAUUUAUGUAUCACAAGAUGUUUAAAAACAUAAGAUCAUUCAUGUACAUAGACAUGCUAUCCGUGAACAAAUUCCGUGAUAGUUUGUUUAAAAAGAAAUCUUCCCUAUGGUGGUUUGUUCUUAAUGUAUUUUUUAUGAACCUAGUUUACAGAAAUUAAAGAUUAUCUGUUUCUCA